AUGCCUGGUGUAGCAGGAGGCAUUCUUUCUCCAUAUGACAUGGGUGGGACGCUUCCCCAAGAAGGUACCAUUGGUCAGCCAAUGCCAACUACUACUCUGGUUGCUGGACUGACUAUUGUCUUUGCUAUAUGUUUUAAUUCAUACGGUCUCAUUGCACUAUUUCCAAGUAUACUUAAAGUGACUUUCUUUUUAAUAGUUCUUAGCUUCUUGCCUUUGUCCAGUGGAUUGGAAAUUGAAAUUUCAGCAACUGCCCCUCCGGAAAAUGUGCAAUUAGCUAUGGCAAUUGAUGCCUUCCUACAGUCUGCUAUGCAUCCACAUCUGGGUCCUCACCUAGUAUCUGGAGCAGAUGUAUCCACAAGUAGGACUAAUUCUGAAUGCAUCAUGGCUAAUUGCAGAAGCUUCAUUUCUGGGACAGCUCCUCUGCAGAAGGAAGAAAAGCUUGGACAUAAACACCAAGAAACCAGUGCUAAUGGAGUUAACUCUGUGCCAGCCUCUAUUCCAUCAGCUCCACCUGUUGCAGAUUCAGCUGUAGAUGAUGGCCCAAUUCAUUAUCCAUCAAUUGACACUAGUCCUCUUGAUUUCUCUUCACCUCCUGUGGAGAGGGUAGAUGCUAAACUAGAGGAAAGAACAGAUAUAGGUGCUUCUUCCUCUUGCGUGAUAUGCUUGGAUGCGCCUAUUGAAGGAGCAUGUAUACCUUGUGGACAUAUGACUGGCUGCAUGUCUUGUCUAAGUGAAAUUAAAGCAAAAAAAUGGGGUUGCCCUGUUUGUCGUGCGAAGAUAGAUCAAGUUGUACGCCUAUAUGCUGUUUAA